CAAAUUUCCUGCACUAUCACAAUAGUGUCGACACGUCCCAACUUCGGUGUCCACUAAAUGAAAGACCUACCAUCAAAACAUGGACAUCAAUUACAGUAACCCAAAAUCACAAGGAGUCAUCAUACAACUAUGUGCACAGGCACGCGAGAAUAGAGUUAACGUUAUAAGUCCUUCUAAUGCCAUCAACCUUGUGGUCAGGUUGACAAACACACUUGCCGUUAAAUUCGGAAUUGGUGUCACGGCAGCCGAAGCUGAUGCAUUGAAAUUCGCAUCCCAAAGACUCGAUCCAGCAGUUGUCAAAGUACCAUCUGUUGUACAAUUCUUCACGAGGCCUUCAGAUGAGCUGUGGACGACUGGGUAUCUUGUAAUGGAUUUUAUCGAAGGAACCACACUCGAUCAGCUGCCUCUGGAUGACUAUCUACAGCUGACAGACCGGAUCACGCAAGUUAUUCAACACAUUCACAGCUUUCGCAGCAGUCGUCCUGGCCCACUCGAUGGCAGUCCUUCUCGAGGCUUGCUAUGGUCUGAGUAUAACUCGGGACAGAGUUUUAACUCGCGCAAAGAUCUACAGAAGUAUCUAGAUACGAGGCUAGCACAUCUCCAGGGAGAGGUCACCAUAGAUGUGUCGGAUAUGGCUUUAUCCUUGUGUCAUCUAGAUAUCGCUCCAAGGAACAUCAUCCUGAGCACAGAUCGCUCGAUUUAUCUUUUGGACUGGGGUUGCGCAGGCUUUUACCCUCCUGUCUUCGAAACAUGGGCCAUUCAGUUGGAGGCCUUUGUCCGGGGGCACCCAUUCAUGAAGGCUCUGGGGUCAGAAUUGUUCAGUCGUUCUUCUUUCCUUGAAAUGGCGCAAGUUGAGGCGCUUAUGCAUGUGUACAGGGCAAACCAGUCGAUCGCCUUCCCUAAUCCUAAUGUGCAGAGAGAGAUGGAAUACUUUAUGCGAGCAGCGCUGGGUGAUGCGUGGAACAAAACAGACCAAGAACUUGUGGGCGAAUCCUCCUAAUUCCUAGAUGGCCAGGAUGCGAAUGUGAUAGGUAGGAGAAAGGCGGAGGGGGUGGACAGAUCCGCAGUAGAGGAUUCAAGACACCAACGUCCCCGGACCAUGUCCAAUUUGUACGGGCGAAACCACUUCGAAUUCUUCAAGUGGUUCAGGUUGAUUGACGCCGCCAAGUACCCCAGCCCACAUCAACACAGCGCGUGCGAGCAUAAUUGCUUGCAGACUCGUUCAGUCGUUCAAACUCGCUAAUAUGGAAUCAGCCAACAUGGGAAUUGAAUAAUAUGUCACAUCAACUUUCGGGGCAGUUUUGCAAUGCAUGUCGAGGAUGAUGUGCAUCUUUGGGGUUUCAUUCGGCCCCAUCAAAUGAGAAUAAUUAUCGUCGGUGGGAGGUUGAAGUAGUCGAAAUAUUGGGCAAUUAUAGAUGCUUCUUCGAGCAAA